CGGGCGGGCUGUGAGCGAGGGCGCGCCCCAGCACCCGACCCUGAGCAAGGCUCUCGAGUCGGGAGCCGGCCUCGAGCGAGAACGCGGCGGCGAGGAAAACAACUCUGAAGUUGGCGAGGGCACCGCCCCUGCUCCGGGGCCGCCGCCUCCCUGCCCCCAGCCCUGGCACCCAGAGCACCGGUCGAGGCGCCCAGGCCAUGGGGCCCCCUCGGGGAGGCAGCACCGGGGGGUGGCCUGGACGCCGUCGCCCCACCGGGUAGACGACAGAACUUCCGGGACGCUGCCUGCCCCUCUGGACGGCCCAGGAUGCUGCCCACCACGUUCCUGCUCUUCCUCCUGGGGGGCGCGCUGGCGCAUCCAGACCGGAUGGUUUUCCCAAAUCCAGCCUGUGAGGAGCCUCCAGCGGUGCUGUUGGGAGUGCAGGGCACCUUACAGAGGCCUCUGGGCCGGGACAGCCGCAGCUCCCCUGCCAACUGCACCUGGCUCAUCUUGGGCAGUAAGGAGCAGACUGUAACCCUCAGGUUCCAGAAGCUGCACCUGGCCUGUGGCUCCGAGCGACUCCUCUUGCACUCCCCGCUCCAGCCCCUCAUCUCCCUAUGUCAGGCACCAGCCAGCCCCCUGCAGCUGCCCGGAGGCAACGUCACCAUCACCUACAUCUAUGUCGGGGGCAGAGCACCCAUGGGCCAGGGCUUCCUGCUCUCCUACAGCCAAGACUGGCUGAUGUGCCUGCAGGAAGAGUUUCAGUGUCUGAACCACCGCUGUGUGCCCUGGGCCCAGCACUGCGACGGCAUCGACGACUGUGCCGAUGGCUCUGAUGAGGCAGGAUGCAGCUCAGACCCCUUCCUCGGCCCGACGCCGGCCCCCCGCCCCGCCCCACCCUGCAACCGCACCUUGGAGACCUUCUAUGGGGUCUUCUCCUCCCCCGGUUACUCACACCCGGCCGCAGGUUCCCACCCUCAGUCCUGCCUCUGGCUGCUGGACCCUCACGAUGGCCGGCGACUGGCUGUGCGCUUCACGGCCCUGGACCUGGGCUACGGGGACGCAGUGCACGUGUAUGAUGGCGCUGGGCCCCCGGCAACUCCCCGCCUGCUGCGCAGCCUCACCUACUUCAGCAAUGGCAAGGCCGUCACCGUAGAGACGCUUUCUGGCCAGGCUGUCGUGGCCUACCACACACUGGCCUGGAGCAGCGGCCGGGGCUUCAACGCCACCUACCACGUGCGGGGCUACUGCCUGCCUUGGGACAGACCUUGUGGCUCAGGCUCCAGCCUGGGGGCCGGCGAAGGCCCCGGUGAGCGCUGCUACAGCGAAGCACAGCGCUGCGACGGCUCCUGGGACUGUGCUGAUGGCACAGACGAGGAAGACUGCCCCGGCUGCCCGCCUGGACACUUCCCCUGCGGGGCCGCCGGCACACCCGGGGCCACCGCCUGCUACCUGCCCGCCGACCGCUGCAACUACCAGACCUUCUGUGCCGACGGGGCCGACGAGAAGCGCUGUCGCCAAUGCCAGCCCGGCAACUUCCGGUGUCGAGACGAGAAGUGCGUGUACGAAACGUGGGUGUGCGACGGGCAGCCGGACUGUGCCGACGGCAGCGACGAGUGGGCCUGCGCCUACACGCUGCCCCGCAAAGUCAUCACGGCCGCAGUCAUUGGCAGCCUGGUGUGCGGCCUGCUGCUGGUCAUUGCCCUGGGUUGUACCUGCAAGCUCUACGCCAUCCGCACCCAGGAGUACAGCGUCUUCGCUCCACUCUCCCGGAUGGAAGCCGAGAUUGUGCAGCAACAGGCCCCGCCCUCCUAUGGGCAGCUCAUUGCCCAGGGAGCCAUCCCCCCUGUGGAGGACUUCCCGACAGAGAACCCCAAUGAUAGCUCCGUGCUGGGCAGCCUGCGUUCUCUGCUGCAGAUCCUGCGCCAGGAUAUGACGCCUGGAGGGGCCCUGGGCACCCGCCGCCGUCAGCGGGGUCGCUCUGUGCGCCGCCUGGUCCGCCGCCUCCGCCGCUGGGGCCUGCUCCCCCGAACUAACCCCACAGCCCGGACCCCGGAGACCAGAUCCCAGGCCACACCGUCUACUUCUCCCCUUGAGACCCUAGAUGGCAGCACAGGGCCAGCCCGUGAGGGCGGGGCAGUGGGCGGGCAGGAUGGGGAGCAGGCACCCCCGCUGCCCACCAAGGCCCCCCUCCCUUCUGCUAGCACAUCCUCGGCCCUCCCUGAGGCCCCAGGGCCGCUGCCCUCAGCCGCCCUGCAGCCAUCCCUGCUGUCCGAGAUGGUGCAGGUCCUGCGGGGUCGCCUCCUGCCAAGCCUGCAUCCCCCAGGACCAACCCGGACCCCGCAUGGGCCCCACACAGCCCUGCCCCCAAGGGAUGAAGACGAUGUCCUCCUCCUGCCCCUGGCAGAGCCAGAGGUCUGGGUGGUCGAGGCAGAAGAUGAGCCACUGCUUGCCUGAGGGGCCCGGCUUCCCAGAGGGCUCUGGUUCAGGUGGCAACAAUAGUUUCCCCUCCACACCAUGGCUCCCUCUCCCACAGUCCGAGGGGACUAGGCCUCUCUAUGCCUGCGUGUCACUGCUGUAAAAUCACAUGUCCUCUGGCAGGAAAGGGCUUCCCCAGAGCUCCCCCCCCCCCCCACCAUCCCGACCUGCACACAGCCAGAAACCCUAGCUCCUCCUCUACCACCACCACCCUUACCCCACUCCACUGCCAUUUGCCUGGUGAUGUUUUAAAAGUUUAGUUUUCCAAGGGGUCAGAGGCCUGGAAAUGCCAUCCUUGCCAAAGCCCCACCCCAAAGUGACCUUAUGCACCAAGAUGCCAAUCGUCUGGAAAAGUUCCAGCCCCCGAAGGAGGAUUGGGGCAGGGCCUGCGGUCUUGUCCACUGUCACCCUUCCACCAGGGUCUGGCUCAGAGAAAGCUCAGCAAAACGUACUUGUCCCAUAGCUGAGUCAUUCCCAGGAAGCCAAGGUGAAUAAAUAAAGGAAUCCUAAAUUUGAAA